GUGGUGUCACCUCUUUUGCUUUGCAUUGCACACAAGACGACAAAUUUCAUUUCUGUUACAUCCUCACACACACUCACAAGUCACAACAAUAUCACUCGUCUUUUUCUUCCACCUGUCACAUCCUCCUCCUCCAUUCCACAUUUUUCGCAUUUCUCCUCCAUUGAAUCCACCCUCAUUCAUAACUAACGGUACCAUAAUAUCCAAUCCAAUCAACACACACUCACUACUACUAGUGCUCACACUCACUCUUUUUAUAUAACAAACACAUUCCUCAACAACCACCAUUUCCCUUCUAAUGGAUGACUCAAUGGUGACAUUCUUAGUGAUAUGGUUCAUCAUCUUAUUCUUUUUUGUUUUGAGCCCCGAAAACAAACCUCCCCUUCACCCAUAUGAACAAAAUGCACUCUACCAUGUUCUCAACUCCCUCAACCCAACCAUUCCUUGGCGCACUCUCUUCCCCGACGAUCUCUGUCUCUCUGCUCCACACCUCCUCGUUUGCGACUACAACCCUACUUCUCAUCAUCAUCAACAGCAAAACGGCCAAAACCAAACACUAAAUUUACACAUCGUAGAACUCACCUUCGGUUACAUCUCCGAUCAAACCCCUAUCCCACCUUGUUCCCUUAACGCCACUCUCAGCCCUCUUCUCUUCGCCUCUUUCCCCUAUCUUCGCAAACUCCUCUUCUCCAAAUGCUUCAACGACACACAAAAACCCAUUCAACUCCUUACAUUUUCCUCUUUCCCUCCGUCUCUCCAAGAACUCGUCUUCAUCGACAACCCAUCUGUGGUUUCACCUCUUGAGCCUUUUCUCCGCAACCUCACCUCUCUCAAGAAACUCGUCUUGACCGGAAACGGUUUCUACGGCGAACUUCCGCCGCUGAUUAGUGGUUUUCAUGACGUGGAAGAGCUUAGUCUUUCUAGAAACAAUCUCUCCGGCGAGGUCCCAGGGAGUAUUGGUAUGCUGAAGAAACUGGAGAUUCUUGAUCUCAGUCAUAACAAGUUUAAUGGGUGUGUCCCUGAACAGGUUGGUGAUCUCAUUUCUCUGGUAAAACUUAACUUGAGUCGCAAUGAGUUCGGUUGUAAAAUACCAGAGAGUUUUAUUCAGUUGAAAAACUUGGAGUUUUUGGAUUUAAGCUUCAACCAUUUUGGUAACUUUGGUGUCCCUUUGUUCUUAGGAGAAUUUCCCAAAAUGAAGGAAGUUCAUUUAACUGGGAAUUCACUCUCUGGUAAGAUUCCGGAAAUAUGGGGAAAACUUGGCGGUGUUGAAAAAAUAGGAUUUUCUAAAUUGGGUUUGGUUGGUGAAAUCCCAGCUUCAAUGGGGGUUUAUUUGAAAAAUCUGACUUACCUUGGGCUUGAUAACAACAACCUUGAAGGUCCUGUUCCUGGGGAGUUUGGGUUUCUUUUGAAGCUUGCUAAUGAAAUCAACUUGGAGAACAACAAUUUGAGUGGUAGAGUCACUUUCAUUUGUGGAGGAGGAGUUGGACAGAAGAAGUUGAAGUUGGCAGGAAAUAUAGGGCUGUAUUUGGAAAACAACAAUGAUAGCUGUUCUUGUGAAAAUGGAGGAAACUCGGCUCACUGCAAAACAAUUCCUGGUGAUGUCAUUUUCAAUGGGGUUUCUGUGCAGCUUUUUGAUCCUCUUAUGUUGGUUUUGGUCUUGAUAAUAUUGUUUGUCUUCACUUGAGUUUGAGUUUGAGUUUUUGGUUUUGUUUCCACUGAAAAAUGCUUUACUGAUAUCUGUUUGCAAGAGUGUGACAGACUCAAGUGUAAAUGAAGUUGAUAGUAAUGGUAGUAGUAGAAGUGAAGAAAUGCUUAGAAUAUUUCCUAGAGAAAUGAGUUUCAAAUAUGUAUGAGGAAAACAGAGCAUUAAGGUUAACUUUUUCUCUA